AUGGCAAGACCUCAAUAUACGGCUUUGGCCCGAUUCUAUGGCCUCCCUGAGGUGCAGAAGGAGGGCGCUCCUCUCCGACCCAUCAUGUCGCUCAAAGGUACUUCAACGUACGGACUGGCAAAGUGGCUGCGCCGGUGUCUGACUGCUGAGUCAGACACUACGGUCUCUUUGUCAGCACAAUUCCUGGAGAAAAUUAACGCGGUAAGCCUCCUUCCAGAUGAGGUCAUGGUAUCUUUUGAUGUAACCUCCCUUUUUACUUCUACUCGCCAGGAUCUGGCGAUCGAGACAAUCGAGCUACUUCUACAAAGCAAAUAUAAUAGAGCGGGGAAUGGUCUCCGAUACGUCCAAGUCCUUCAGCUCCUGAAGUUCUGUCUCAGGACGUACUUAACGUUCGACGGGACAAUCAAUGAGCAGGUGAAGAGCACAUUAAUGGGUUCGCCGAUUACGGGAUUCAUCGCCGAGGCGGCCCUGCAACGGUUAGAGUCGCUGGUCUUCCAACACCACAGGCCGAGGUUCUGGACCCGGUAUGUGGAUGAUACCUUCGUCGUUAUCGACCGGGAUCAACUGUUGACAUUCAAAGAACGUCUCAACGCGGUCGUCCCGAACAUACGAUUCACGAUCGAGGAGAAAGAGAACAACCAGCUGGCCCUCCUGGAUGCCCUUGUAUGCCUCUAA